AUGUUCUCCGCUGCCAGUCCCAAAAUCCUGUACAGGAACCCUCGGUUCCUGCGGCUAGCUUUUCUGCAACUUCAUCACCAGCAGCAGAGUGGUGUGUUUUGUGAUGUGCUUCUGCAGGCAGAAGGGGAGGCAGUUCCAGCCCACUGCUGCAUCCUGUCCGCCUGCAGCCCCUUCUUCACAGAGCGCCUGGAGCGGGAGCGGCCAGCCCAGGGGCGGAAGGUGGUGCUAGAGCUGGGGGGCCUGAAGAUCAAGACCCUUAGGAAGCUAGUGGACUUCCUGUACACGGCGGAGAUGGAGGUGUCUCAAGAGGAAGCCCAGGAUAUACUUUCUGCUGCCCGCCAGCUCCAGGUGUCGGAGCUAGAAUCUCUUCAGCUGGAGGGUGAGAAGCUGGUGAAGGUUCCACAGGGACGAAGGCUGAACCGGGAGUGCCUGCAGCUGCCAAGUGCCGCGCCCAUCUCUGCCAGGGUGGUGGUGCCCAGCCGCCGCCCCCGGACUCCACUGCCUGUGGGCCAGACUCCCUGUCCUCUGGGAGCAGUAAGACUGAAGUCCUCAGGAAAGGAGGAUGGAGCCCAGGAGAAGAGCCACUGGCAGAAUACAGAGAGCUCAGCUACCACUCUUCUCAAGAAGAAGGCCAGAGUCUGCCCGGCUCCAGCAGCAAGCAGCUCCUCCCCACCCAGCCACAGUCAGGGGCCAAAGGAGGACAGGAACGACCCUGCGCUGGGGCCCGCAGUGCUUUCCUCACCCAGCUCGUAUCCCUCUGUGGAUGAGCGACUGCUGCCCAGAAAAAUCCGGCUGAGUCGUUCAAAGCCACCUCCUGAUGUCUCUACAGCAAAACCUUCUGAUAUCCCAAGUGGACCGAGCCCAGUGCCCGCAGCCCCUGGCCGGCGUCUUUGGCGACAGAGGAGUAUAAAUAAAGAAGCCCCCGGGGACAAGCAGAAGCCCGGGAAAGCUAGUCCUUCGCAAAACACCCCAAGCCCAUCAGGUCUCGGGAAAACAGGCGGGAACAAGAAGCGGAGCCCUGAGGUCAGGGCUCCUGUCCCAGACUCGGCAGAGGAGGGGCAGGUGGGCAGGGUGAAACUUCGCAAGAUCGUCAACGGCACUUGCUGGGAGGUGGUGCAAGAGCCUCCCCACAAAAACUCUCUGGACAAGCCCCAGACCCCAGACCCGGGAGACAGCUUAGAAGAGCCUCCAGGGACCAAAGCAGCCUCAGUUAACGAGCAGGAAAUGCCAUCUGCUGAGAGAGAGGUGUGUCAGGGCUCCCCUGUGUGCUCCACGCUACCAGACAUCCUGCUCUCCGCCAGCCCCUCCUCAGACCAGCCAGUGGUGAAGUCGGAGGGCGAGCUGGGGUCCAGCUCAGAGCUCACAGAGAAAGAAUCCACUCUGCUGGACAUGGACGGUAGAGAGGCCUAUGUGUUUGACACAGCCCUCCUGGAGCAGCCCUGUGAAGCUGAGGAAUACCGCAUCACCAGUGCUGCUGCUACCAGCGAGCUGGAGGAGAUCCUGGACUUCAUGCUCUGUGACUCGCACAUGCAGCCGCCCUUGGGCUCUCUGGCGAGUCCUGAGGCUGAAGGCUGCAGAACCCCAAGUUACCACUUCACAGGACCAGGGAAGGACUGGAUUGAAGGGGAAGAAUGGUGCUUGCCAGAAAUGGAACUCUGGCCCACAGAACUGGACAAAGACACCAUUAAUGACAAAGAGUCAGUUGAGUCCCUUAGCCCCCUUGUCAUGCCCUCUGAGCUAAGUGCAGCACAGGUUCUUUCAGCAGAAGGCCCGUGGACUCCAGACCUUGACAUGAACAGUUCCCAGCCACUGAGUGGGCAGGGAGACAAACUGCUCCAGGUGGACUCUCCUAGGAAGUCUUCUGGGGACCUGUCUCCUCCCUGCACCGACUGGGUGGAGAUGGGGCUGGAAGUCCCUUUGACAGUGGACGAGGUACUGAACUCUGCCCCCGAGCCAGGAAAGGAGGCAGCUGGUAACCCGGAGCUUCCAGGCUGCCUUUCUCCCAGUUCGGAAGAGAUUGAUGUGGUGGACUGGCCAGCAGAGGGGCAGCUGGUGCCCGGCAUUCCCUCGGUGUGGCCUGAUCCUUCUUCGGAGUCCGAGACAGAGGUCGAUAUACUCACGUAG